AUGGCAGAGAAAUUGAAGGGCCUUGCUCACAUGUCGCAACGUGAACAAAACGACGCAGUCGAUAUGGCAUUUCAAACAGUUGCACGAAUUCUCAAGCUUGAAGAAGGCACAAGCUAUCCCAUUCAAGAUCUUGUCAAGGCGUCCAGUGAAAUGAUGUUAUCAAUGAGCAAAGAAGAGGCGAAAACGGUCACAAAUAAUGUCCACAAUGCUAUCUUUGAUGUUGUUGAUGCCGACGGGGAUGCCUUCAUUUCCUUACAGGAAUACAAGAUGUAUUUCUAUGUUUUGGGUCAUGAUAUUUCUGACGAGGAGAUCGUGAAAUCUUUCAAUACCUUGGAUAGCAACAAAGAUGAAAGAAUCAGUCGUCAGGACUUUUUAGACGCUGCUUUUGAUUUUUUCUUUAAUGUUGAUGAAUCGGAAGUUGCCAACGCAUUUUUGGGCCAUUUAUAG